AUGCGCUCCGGCAAUAAACUCCCCGUAAAGGGCGAGAAGGUUCUGGGGAAGUGCAGGAUGGAGAGGGAACAGCGGAAACUGGUUCUGCAGACGGACGAGAAGGAAUUUGUGUACGACUUUUCUGACGACAAGGCACUCACGACGUGGGCUCAAGAGUUAAUCGUCCUCCUAGAGAACCGAUGA